CUACAAUACCCAGGGUGCUCCGCGCCGCGGCCUCCGAGACCAAGAUGGCCGGGAGACUCGCCACCUUCCUCAGGAACGCCUGGGCCAAGGAGCCGGUGUUGGUCGCCUCCUUCACCAUCGGGAGCCUCGCUGUAAUUCUGCCCAUCUUCAGCCCCUACACCAAGUAUGCUGCCAUGAUCAACCAGGUCACACCCUACAACUACCCAGUGCCCGUCCGAGAUGAUGGGAACAUGCCCGACGUGCCCAGCCACCCCCAGGACCCCCAGGGCCGAAGCUUAGAGUGGCUGAAGAAACUGUGAACACCCCCACUGACAGGAAGAAGUCCCCUUCCCUGUGGCCCCCAAUAAAAAUGUGAAAACUGA